UAUUUCUUUUCUUUUUUAAUUGUUACCCGGUUUAAUUGAAUUAAAUUCUAUUCCAAAUAGAACAAAGUUAAUCGCGUUUUCCAUUACAAUCAGUUAAUUGGAACAAUUAAUUUAACUCCAACUUUGUGAUUAUGUGAAUUGUUUGUUCAUCUUUUUACAUUUUGUUUUCUCCUCUUCUUUUUUUUUCUUGUUGGUUUUGUUUUUCUAUAAUCUCAUCUUUGUGAUCUUUUCAGUUUCACUUUGAUUGUUGUUAAUUGUUGCUGUUGAUCGUCAACUAAUUGUGAUAAAUAAUUAGAACAAUUAUCAAGGAUGACACUUGAUUCUUGGACAUUGGACACUUAGGUAAUUUAAGUUGUUAUUCACUACAUGGACUCCAUUUUGUUUUGGCGCAAUUACAUUGUGUAAAUUGUGUCAACGAUAAUCAGGAUUGAUUACUGGUUACGAUGAUUACGAUUUCUUGAUUGGUGUAUCAACAAUUAAAUGAUUCAAUUGGAAACCAUCAUUGAUUUGUUUUUGUUGAAACGCUUCCGUUUGGUGUUUUCUGUCAAUUAAUUGCUCAUUAUACUUACGUUAUAUAUAUUAUAUUAUUUAAUUUGGAUUAAAUUAUUUGGUUAAGGAGAUAAAUGCUAACUGUAAAUCAUAAAUGAUUAUCGUUGAUUUGUUAAAACCAUUUAGACGAUUGUGAUUAAUGUCAACACAAUAAUCAUCACAAGUUUCAAGUUGAAGUCAUCAUUCAAGUGAAUCUUAAUCAGCUGUUAGAAUAAGGAAAUAAUCACUGGAAGUACAGAAUUUGUUGUAUUUUUUUUUUUAAUUAAUUAGUUUUCCAAUUUCGUCAAUUGAUUUAAAUCUCUUAUGGCUUUAAAAAAUAUCAGAGUAAUCGAAUUAGCUGGUUUAGCUCCAGCUCCUUUUUGUGGGUUAAUUUUAAGUGAUUUUGGAGCUGAAGUUAUUAAAGUUGAUAAGAUCGGAGGAGAUCCGUUGAAGUGUUUACUAAGUCGAGGUAAAAAAGGCCUUGAAAUUGACCUGAAACGUUCGGAAGGGAUCAAAUUGAUGGAGAAACUUUGUUCCAAGGCUGAUGUUUUGAUCGAACCUUACAGACCUGGGGUCAUGGAGAAAAUGGGAUUAGGGCCUGAACAACUAAUGAAAUCAAAUAAACGUCUAAUUUAUGCUCGACUUUCUGGUUAUGGUCAACAAGGUCCAUUUUCUCGUCUAGCGGGUCAUGAUAUCAAUUACCUCGCAGUGUCAGGGGUUCUUUCGUUACUCAAAGAUUCAGGAACAGAAUCUGUUCCUCGUCCACCGAUUAAUCUUCUUGCUGAUUUCGCCGCCGGUGGGGCUUUGUGUGCACUUGGAAUAGCCAUGGCUUUGGUGGAGAGAAACACAUCGGGUCUUGGUCAAGUGGUUGAUGCAAAUAUGACCGAAGGCAGUAGUUAUCUAGCUACGUGGAUUCGUGAGUCAAAAGCUCAUCCAUUUCUUAGCUCAUUCAUUUGGCCUAAUAACGACAAACCCGGUGAAAAUACUCUCGAUGGUGGAGCUCCGUUUUACUCAGUCUAUAAAACAGCGGAUGAGAAAUUCAUGGCUGUUGGUUCAUUGGAACCUCCAUUCUUUGCCCGAUUGGUUGAUAAGGUUGGUCUUGAAGGCGAUUUUAGUCCUGGAAUAAUCGACCCGGCGAUGAAACAGCAAUUGGAAGAAAAAUUUUCAAAGAAAACACAAAACGAAUGGAUCGAAAUCUUCAAAGAUGUUGAUGCUUGUGUCACGCCAGUGGUCAAUUUUGACGAAGCGUCACAAUUUAGCCACAAUAAGGAAGCGAAAUCAUUUCUUUCCGAUGGAUCACCGAUUCCAGCACCAAGACUUAAUCGUACUACAGCUAAUCCAGUUUUAGUCGAAAGACAAAUAGAUAAUCUUCGUGAUUUCCUCGUUGAUCAUCAACUUGAAAACACAGAAAUCGACCAUUUAAUCAAGAACAAUAUUGUUGCUCUUCCUCUAACGAAUUCGAAACUCUAAUCAGAUAUUAACCAAAUACCCAAUCAAUUCAAGUCUAUUUUCUCAAAAUAUAAAAAUCAAUCAAUUAUUAAUCGUCGAUAAUAAUCUUCAAGUUUAAUUUUCAGGAUUGAUUACUGGUUACGAUGAUUACGAUUUCUUGAUUGGUGUAUCAACAAUUAAAUGAUUCAAUUGGAAACCAUCAUUGAUUUGUUUUUGUUGAAACGCUUCCGUUUGGUGUUUUCUGUCAAUUAAUUGCUCAUUAUACUUACGUUAUAUAUAUUAUUUAAUUUGGAUUAAAUUAUUUGGUUAAGGAGAUAAAUGCUGAUUGUAAAUCAUAAAUGAUUAUCGUUGAUUUGUUAAAACCAUUUAGACGAUUGUGAUUAAUGUCAACACAAUAAUCAUCAUUACCGAUAAAUAGACAAUAUCAUCAACAUAAACAAAGUAACUUUUUUUUCCCGGUUAAAUCAAAAGGAAGAACCUUCAAUUAGUUUGUGAUUAAAUGAAUGAUUAUCUUUGAUAAUGAUGAUUACAGCUUUCCAAUACCACAAAAGUGUCACAAUUAAUGAUAAUUAAAUCACCACUUUUUGUUGUUUUUCUUGGCUUAAUUGACAAUGGAAUUGGAAUCAUCAUCAUCAUACCUUAAUACCCUCAAGAUGAAGAUGA